AUGCCAACAACAUACACAACGCGCAAUGCGUCUGGAAAACCUCCCGGCGGCCUCAAGCUGCCUCAAAGGCAGCAAUCAAUUCCCAUUCCCGUCGCCUCUUCCAUACCCGUGCCAUCAACAUCUACAGUUAUAGAGAAUAUAUCCAGCAGGAAGAGCUUGCUUCCGCAACGCACGAUAACUCAAAGCCGGCUGCCCGGGUUGAGGAAACCGCAAACACAGACAGCACCUACGAUAAGCAUAGAUACGGCUCAAACGCAGCCAACAAGAAAGACAGAUACUGUUCAAGAACAAAAACUAGAACAAGCAGUGGUUGAAACGCAGCCAAUUUCUACUCCUCCUCCACCAGAACCUCCUCAACCGAAGCCUGAAGAUGUCAAAAUACCGCCGCCGCCGCAACCCGUCACAACUAAUACAACGAGUGCCACAAACACGAGACCUCCCUCACGACCUCGCACCGAACCACGAACAGAACGCAUAGCGACAAGAUCAAGAUCCCCUAUCAAAUCACAGCAAAAUGACACGAAACCCACCGCUACAAAGAAACCGUCCAUGCCGCCACCGGCGCGACCGACUAGGUCUGCAUCUCUACGUCAACCGUCUGCCCCGAAGAUAAGUGGUGUCGUGGAGAUAAGAGGGCAUGCUAGGCAUCGAAGCCAGGUCCUCGGUAGCCAGGCCAUUGGCGCAGCCCCAGUUUUGGCAGCACCUUCGUCGCGCGAGAAAUCUGUAGCUGGGACGACAACUGCCGUCAAGCCGCGUCCGCAGUUUACGACAUAUCAACAAUCCUUUAGCCCUAAAAAGGAGACUCUACGAACAGCUGCUGCGGACGAUCGAAAAAAUGCGGGCAAGUCUGUUGUAGGCAGCGAAUUACCAACGGAGACAUCAGCCUUACAGGCGGAAUUUCUACAACUAUACCUCCUCCAUUCCUCGUCACUACAACAAAAUGCAGAAUGGAAAUCAGGUGCGGAGCGCCAAUUACGCGACAAAUACAAUGAUGUAGCGGCAUCAUAUAGGACGAUACUAGACGAGGAAAGACAUGUACAAGAGCAAUUAAACCUCGAAGCUCUGUACGACUGGUCGGUGGAGUCAGCGAGUCUAGCCGACCAUAAUCAUAUUUUUCAAGAAGAGAUUCAGAAUUUUUCGCGCGUCACGCAAGAAGUCGCAGAUAUGACUGCGGAUGGAGCUGGACGGUACGCUUUGGUCGUCCAAGUCUUUGAGCAUUGGCUGGAUAGGGUUGAAUAUAUCCAGCAAAGUCGGGAGAACCAGGAUGAUGAUGGAGACCCGCAGUAUAUCGAUAGCCUAGGGUCAGUAUGGAGGAAUGAAGUGGACGACUUGACCAACAAAGCAGAACUGUGUCUGCGCGAACUAUCAAAGAUGACGAUAUUUGUGAUCGACGAGAACGCGUUUUGUGAGAAACAUGGAAGUUCGGCGCUUGUGCAGAUUGCGAGAAAACAUCGAGAUAUCUUGGCGGCCAUGAUCGACGAACUGAAAUCAAUGCGCACCGUGGAGUUGGAGACGGUCAACUUGGAGCAAGCAUGGAUUGCGCGUGCGGCGGAUGAAGUCGCAGUCAACGUUGAUCAGGGGGAGAGUUCUCGAACAGGUAUAUGGCGGACAAUGACUUCAUGA